CGCUGGGCAAAGGAAGAGAGUUGCGCGUCCUAGAGAGCCCGCUGAGACGGAAGGCUGGCCCUGCAAGGAGGAACUUCCCGUCCCGUCUGGCUUUUCUCACCAGCAGCACCAGCAGCAGCUUCUGGGGAGAAGAAUCCGGGAGACCCUGGGGUAUGAAUGUGAACUAUAUGCUUGUCUGGGAAUGACAAUUACUUUCUGAAGCACCAUUAAACUUGCCUUGGCCUUGUGUGACUAAGAGGUGGAUUUAUCACAUUCUUCUUGAACUGGGCAGCAAAGUAGCAUUAGAGGAAGAAGAGCUUUUGGAUGUGAUGGGAGCUUAAGCUGAGCUUAGAGAGACCAUGGAUGUGCCAAGCCCAGCAAAGAGUGGAUCAGGGAAGGGAACAGAAAAAGGCCCUCCAGCCACCCAGUCUGGUAAUGAUAAUGGAUUCUGGGAAAGAACUGUGCAGAAGAUCCUGGGAGGAGACACCUCGAGCUCAGAUGUCCAGGUCAGGAAAUUCAGAGGGUUCGUCUACCAGGAAGUUGAUGGGCCCCGAGAGGUUUGCAGCCAACUCCACCACCUUUGCCAGCAGUGGCUGCAGCCAGAGAGACACACGAAAGCUCAGAUGCUGGACCUGGUGAUCCUGGAGCAGUUCCUGACCAUCCUGCCCCCAGAGAUGGAGAGCUGGGUGAGGGAAUGCAGAGCGGAGACCAGUUCGCAGGCGGUGGCCCUGGCAGAAGGUUUCCUCCUGAGCCAGGCAGAGGAGAAGAAGCAGGAAGAGCAGCAGACAGAUGGGAUGUUAGCCCAAGCAGCCCCUGAGCUCCAAGAUUCCAAGAGGGUGACCUGUCAGAAGCUGCUGUUUAGAGGGAUUGUGCAGGAGAGAGACGGAGGCCCCAUUGCGCUGGGCAGUGAAAUGACGCUGGCGACUCCUCCUGGACCUUCUCCUCUUGGUGGUGGAGUGGAAACUGUUGCUGUGCACUCACCAGAUCAGGAGUCUGUGGGCUUUGAGGAGGUGGCUGUGUGUUUCUCCGAGGAGGAGGCGGCUCUGCUGGAUCCAGGCCAAAGGGCUCUGCACAGGGAAGUCCUGGAGGAGAUUUCUGGGCAUCUGGCCUUGCUGGGUGAUUGGAGGGAGGGAGAGAAACCUGCCGAUGGAGCGAGAAGGAGAACCGAAAGGAGCCAGAAGAGGAGGCAGACUAGUCCUUCCGAAGGGCCAGACUUGCAUUCCAUCCCAAUCCCAGGAGAAUGCCACAAGGGAAGCCGAAGGAAUAAUACCCCUCAGGAUGUAGAAACCUUGACUAGUCAGUCGCAUCAGAGCAGAUGUCCCAGAAUCCACACAGUUGAUAAACCCUAUACCUGCUCAGAGUGUGGAAAGAGCUUCAGUUGGAAGACAGCGCUUAUUUCCCAUAAAAUAAUCCACACAGAAGAGAAGUCUUUUAAAUGCUCGGAAUGUGGAAAAAGCUUCAGUCGGGGUUACCAGCUUACUCUGCAUCAAAGAAUCCACACAGGAGAGAAACCGCAUACCUCCUCAGAGUGUGGAAACAGCUUCAGUCGUAAGGAAAUAUUUAUUUCCCAUCAAAGAGUCCACACAGGAGAGAAACCAUUUAAAUUCUCAAAAUGUGGAAAGAGCUUCACUCAGGAUGUCAAGAUUACUGUCCAUCAGCGAGUCCACACAGGAGAGAUACCACAUACCUGCUCAGAGUGUGGAAAGCGGUUCAGUAAGAAGUCAAAGCUUACUUACCAUCAAAGAAUCCACACAAGGGAGAAACCAUAUACUCGCUCAGAGUGUGGAAAAGGGUUCAGUUGGGGUGACAAGCGUACAGUCCAUCAAAGAGUCCACACAGGAGAGAAACUAUAUUCCUGCUCAGAGUGUGGAAAGAGGUUCCGUCAGAAGUCAGGACUUACUAUCCAUCAAAGAGUUCACACAGGAGACAAGCCAUAUUCCUGCUCAGAGUGUGGAAAGAGCUUCAAUAAUAAGUCAGGACUUACUGUCCAUCAAAGAGUCCACACAGGAGAGAAACCAUAUACUUGCUCAGAGUGUGGAAAGGGGUUCAGUCAGAAGUCAAAGCUUAUUAACCAUCAAAGAAUCCACACAGGAGAGAAACCAUAUUCUUGCUCAGAGUGUGGAAAGAGCUUCAUUCAGAAGGAAGGACUUACUGUCCAUCAAAGAACCCACACAGGUGAGAAGCCUUUUAAAUGCUUGGAAUGUGGAAAGAGCUUCAGGCAGAAGGGAACACUUAUCUCCCAUCAAAGAGUCCACACAGGAGAGAAACCAUAUAUCUGUACAGAGUGUGGAAAGAACUUCAUUCGGGGUUACCAGCUUACUGUCCAUCAGAGAGUCCACAAAGGAGAGAGAGAACAUACCUGCUCAGAGUGUGGAAAGAGCUUCCGUCGCAAGGAAAUAAUUACUUCCCAUCAAAGAGUCCACACAGAAGAGAAGCACAUACCUGCUCAGAUUGUGGAAAGCUGUUCAGUCAGAAGUCACAGCUUAAUAUCCAUCAAAGAAUCCACACAGGAGAGAAACCAUAUACCUGCUCAGAGUGUGGAAGGAGCUUCAGUCAUAAGACAACACUUACUUACCACCAGAGAGUCCACACAGGAGACAAGCCAUAUUCCUGCUCAGAGUGUGGAAAGAGCUUUAGUCAAAACCUACAACUUACAUUGCAUCAAAGAAACCACACAGGAAGGAAACCAUAUGCCUGCUCGGAGUGUGGAAAGAACUUUAAUCAGAAGUCAGGACUUAUUGUCCAUCAAAGAGUCCACACAGGAGAGAAACCAUAUACCUGCUCCGAGUGUGGAAAGAGGUUCAGUCAGAAGUUAAAGCUUAUUCUGGGCAGGAUGGACUCUCAGCUUUGUAUGAUAAGUUACUCAAAGAUCAAAUUUUACAACCUCUUCAAUGGACUAUGAAUGAUAUCUUACAAAAAGGGACUAUGCCAGAUUCGUGGAAACAUGCAAAUAUUACAAUAAUCCCAAAGCCAGAUCAAGAUUUAACAUUAGUCAAAAAUUAUAGGCCAAUAUCACUUUUAAAUAAUGAUUAUAAACUUUUUGCUGCUGUUUUGGCAAGAAGACUGAAAGUGGUAUUAAGAGACUUUAUUCAUGAAGAUCAAGCUGGCUUUUUGACAAAAAGACAAUUGAGAGACAAUGUUAGAACAUUUUUGAAUGUAUUGGAGUAUUAUGGAAAACAUAAUGAUAAAGAGAUGGCGAUGAUCUUUUUGGACGCAGAGAAAGCCUUUGACAAUAUUUCGUGGCAGUUUAUGUGGGGACUAUUAAAGGAAAUAACUGCUGGUAAACAUUUCAUUAGAGCAAUUAAAACUAUUUACUCGGAACAAUAUGCCAAGAUUAUUGUUAAUGGAGAACUAUCAGAUAAUUGUGUAAUACAAAAAGGGACCAGACAAGGUUGUCCACUUUCUCCACUGCUCUUUAUAUUGGUUUUAGAAGUGCUUUGUAGAAGUAUUAGAAAAGAUGAUGAAAUACAAGGUCCCAAAAUUGGGAGACAAGAAUAUAAAUUGAGAGCCUUUACAGACGAUGUUGUGCUAUUUUUAGAGAAUCCAAUGGAUAAGAUUGAAAGACUCUUGGACAAGAUACAUCAAUUUGGCCAGUUGGCUGGAUUUUAUAUAAACAAGACUAAAACUAAGGUUUUGACUAAAAAUAUAGACCAGAAAACUAAAGACAGAUUUGGUGAAAUAAGUGAGUUAAAAGUGGAGAAGAAAGUGAAAUAUUUGGGAGUAUGGUUAACAAAUAAUAACUCUGUGCUGUUUUCAAAUAAUUAUGUUAAAACAUGGAAUUUAAUGAAAAAUGAUUUGCAAAGAUGGUCUAAAAUGAAUUUAUCUUUGAUGGGAAGAAUCUCAGUGGUGAAGAUGAAUGUCUUGCCUAAAAUGUUAUUUCUCUUUCAGACUAUUCCUAUAAUUAAUAAUUUGACUUGUUUUAGGCAAUGGCAGAAGGAUAUAACUAAAUUUGUUUGGCAGGGGAAAAGACCAAGAAUAAAUUUUAAGAAUUUAACAGAUGCAAAAGAAAGGGGUGGUCUGACCUUGCCAGAUUUAAGGUUGUAUUUUGAUGCUGUAUGUCUGACAUGGCUAAAGGAAUGGAUAACAUUAAGAAACCCUAGAGUCCUUGAUCUGGAGGGAUUUGAUAGAAGGUUUGGAUGGCAUGCUUACUUAUGGUAUGAAAAAACUAAAGUACAUAAAGAUUUUCUGAAUCACAAUGUAAGAAGGAGUUAAUGAGGGUAUGGUUAAAAUAUAAAAAUUGGCUGGAACCAAAAACUCCGUUAUGGUUAUCCCCGAUUGAAGCUUUAUCAUGUAAAGAAGUAAAUAUGCAGAUGUCUGGGGGUACGUAUAGAGAUCUGUUGUAUUUUCAUGGAAAGGAUUGUAAGUUAAAACCUUCAACUGAAUUGCAAAAUGUGGUUAGAGAUUGGUUUCAGUAUUAUCAGUUAAACGAGAUGUAUAAGAAAGAUCUUAAAGUUGGAUUUGAAGAUCAGAUUUCAAAUUUUGAGAAGGAAUUAUGUCAAGACGAUGAUAAAUUAAUUUCCAAAAUGUAUAAAUUGUUACUUUUGGAGGAGACAAGAGAGGAAUUGGUCAAAACAACUAUGAUAAAAUGGGCUCAAGAUGUUGGACAUAAUAUAGAAAUGGCAGCUUGGGAGAAGUUAUGGAAAAGUGAUUUAAAAUUUACUGCUUGUUAUGCUUUGAAGGAAAAUUAUUACAAAAUGAUGUACAGAUGGUAUCUGACGCCCAAAAAACUUGCAUUAAUGUAGAAAAAUGUUUCAAAUAAAUGUUGGAAGUGUGGGCAUAUUGAAGGUACUUUCUUUCAUAUGUGGUGGACCUGUGGGAGGGCUAAGGCCUAUUGGGACAUGAUAUAUAAUGAAUUGAAGAAGAUACUUAAAGUGACAUUUCCUAAGAAGCCAGAAUCCUUUCUGCUAGGAAUAACACAAGGAGCAAUUUCUACAAAUAACUUUUUUUAUGUAUGCUUCUACGGCGGCUAGAAUAUUAUAUGCACAGAAAUGGAAGACUAAUGAACUGCCUUCAAAAGAAGAUUGGCUGAUAAAAACUUUGGAAUAUGCAGAAAUGGCAAAACUUACAACACUGACUAGAGAUCAAAGCUUAGAACGUUUCAAGGAAGACUGGAAACCAUUUUUGGUUUAUUUAAAGAAUUACUUUCCUACUACGGAUCUUACAGCAGGAUUUGAAAUUUGAAGUGCAGGUUGGGUAGAUUAAUGGUGAUGGAAGGUUUAAAUUUGUGCUUUUUAUUAAUAUCAUAAUAAGGGUAAAAUUUAUAGUUGUUAUCACGAAAAGAGGUGCACGGGAAGUCAAUUUGUAAUUGUGUUUAUUAUGAUUGUUAUGGUUAUUAUUAUUGUUAAAAGUUAAUAAAAAUUUGAAAUUAAAAAAGAA